UCUGCUUUUAACAAGCACACCUCCAUAUAGUACACAAGCCCGAGCGUGGGCGAAGCACAGACCCCAGCAAAGCUUCUGAUAGAACUGUCUGCUGAGGGUGCUUACUUUGUCUGAGUCAUGAUGAUAAUCGAGCUUGUCUUGUUGUUCAGUGUAUGCACGCCGUCUAUCGCGGGCCAACGCGUCGACAGGAUGGUGCGGGUACCCAGAAGAGCCAAAGAUAUGCCACACGAGUGCAGCGCCGUGGCGAUGAACGAUCGUGUCGAAUGCCCGAAUCCCGGCAUGCCGAUGGACGAAAGCUCUUGCGCGAGCGCACACUGUUGCAUGAAUCCUUCUUUCAAGAGUCGUCCUUCUAUGUGCUUCUUUCCACAAGGCUACCGAAGGUACUACGUCCAUGACUCUCAUAUCAGUGGGAAUGAUGACCUCGGCGUAAGAAACGAAAGCGCCACUUUGUUUCGACAAGACGAUCUGGUUGACACUGAACCCUCUCUCUGGCUUAAUGCACAGUACCCGUCGAGGGAUGUGGCUCACAUAGAGCUGGACGUUAUUCCGGAUGUCAAGGACCCUUAUGUGGCGUGGGUUCCUCCGGUGCCUGUCCUGCAUCCUAAUCAAAGUUACCUUUUACGUCUGUACCACGUGGAGCUGCUGGAAGACGGAACGUUCACCAUCUACAGGAGGAAUGAUCUAGGACCCCUUGGAGUCCCAAUCUUUAGAACCAACUUCUCCUACCUGACGUACAACGUGCAGCACAUGGAAAUUACGCUGUUUCUGCCGUCAAGCAAUGUCUACGGCCUCGGAGAUCGUCUGGCUCCUUUGAAGCUCCCCAUUGAUGGAUUCUAUUUGUAUAACCGGGACUUCACUCUCACACAUGACGGAAGGGGAAUAGGCACUCACCCAAUGUACAUUUGUAUGGAGGAUGGAGGCUCUGCACACGGUGUUUAUCUUCACAACAGCAACCCAUUAGAGGUGAUACUUUACCCGAAUCCAGCAGUGACCUUCAGAGUGUAUGGAGGGAAGUUGGACUUUUACGUCUUUUCGGGUCCCACUGUUCGUGAUGUGAUCCGGCAGUACCUCGACCUUGUGGGAAGGCCAGCGAUGCCUCCCUACUGGGCCUUAGGCUAUCACCUAUCCAGGAGCGACUAUAAAACGGUUACCAACAUGGAGAAUACCUUAAAGAGGAACAUCGAUAAAGACAUAUUGGUGGAGGCAAUUUGGAACGACAUAGAGUACACUCAAGAUCGCUUCGCCUUUACUCUGGCGGACUCGUUCGAAGGACUCGGUGCAUUCGUGGAGAAGUUGCACGUCGACUAUCUACACUACGUCCCGACCUUUACACCUGUUAUACGGACGCCAACAGACGCCCACCCUGAUUACCACCCUUACGACUUGGGUGUCGAAAUGGACAUAUUCGUGAAGAACUCUUCCAUGGACCUCGGCACAUGUUACGUUUCGGAUUACGCACAGGUUACCUACAUCGACUUCACGUCUGACCAGGCGCUGCAGUACUGGGCUGAACUACUGGACAACUUCCAUUCGCGUGUAGAAUUCGACGGCAUCUGGAUCAGGCACACAGGUAUAUGGUGCGUCCGCCCCGAGAACGACACUCAGUGUUCUCAAACCUCAACUCUGGAACGGCCUCCGAACUAUCCUCAGGAACGCCUGGACCGGUACACCUUGUGCAUGGAAGAUGUCUUUAAACUUUCGAAGCACUACAACGUUCACAAUCUGUUCGCAUACUACGCAGCCAUGGUCACACACAAGGCAAUGGUGCAGAAAUUCCAGAAACGACCUCUCGUCAUGGCAAGCUGUACCUUUGCAGGCCAGGGCAAGUGGUCAGGUCAUUGGACGGACUGGCCACGGUCGACCUGGGAAAGCAUGCGAGAGUCAAUACCAAUGCUCCUGACGUUGAACCUGCUGGGUAUGCCUUUCGUUGGAACUGAUAUCGGCGGUAGCGAUGGAAACACAUCGGAUGAGCUGUAUAUACGGUGGCACGCCCUGGCUGCCUUCUACCCUUUCGCCAGGAACCACAAGGGCCCCUAUUCUGUGGACCAAGACCCUGCCGCCAUGGCAGAAGCUGUAACCGAGUCCGUAAAGUGGAAUAUCUACACGCGCUAUCUCUUCUUGCCCUACAUGUACACGCUCUUUUACCGGCACCACGUGUACUCCGAACCUGUAAUGAGGCCAUUGUUCUAUGAGUUUCCAGAAGAUCCGGACACUUACGACAUCGACUACCAAUUCAUGUUGGGACCAGCCAUCCUAGUCUGCCCUGUACUGCACCCUGGCAUAGAAAUACUGGAUUCAUACUUCCCACGGGGCCUAUGGUACGACCUCAAGCACGAUGUUUCAAAACCUGUAGACAAAGGGAAGACGAUGGAAUCGUACGACCAACAUUAUGACAUCUUCGUCUAUAUCCGGGGCGGGCACGUCGUCGCAAGGCAAGGAUUUGGUAAAAGUAUUCACGAAAGCCGCACUCGCCCAUUUGAGCUGUACAUUGCACUUGAUCAUCUCGGUGAAGCCGUCGGAGAACUCUAUUGGGAUGACGGAAUAUCAGAAAAUAGCUACGAAGAGGGUGCUUACACUCUGUACGGAUUCCAAGUGUCUGACAGCACGCUUAUAGUGAACCUCAUCAAGAGUGGAUAUGAUACGGAAUUGACGCUGGCGAAAAUAAAGGUCUAUGGUGUUCCGAAAGAUCCAGCUGGAGUUCUUGUCAAUGACCUGCCAGUCCGGUACGACUAUGUACCAGAGACCCAAGACCUAGUUAUUGAUACCGAGAACUACGUGAUGGAAAAAUGUUUCACGGUAUCCUGGAAAACGGCUUACUGAAACGUCUGCUCUAAUACCACUGGACUCCCUGUCUCAAUUUGUGCAUUCUCGGACUGAGACACCGAUGAUGAGAGGGGAUAACAUUCUUUAAUAAAGCUCAGUUAUUGUGUUCUUUGGCAAA